AUGGCGUUGCAAAAUCUGCAGAUUUCUAACCAGGGAGAACUUUCAGAAUUUUCUUUCUCGGACUUUUCAGACUUUUGCUCUUUGUACCAUAGCACCAAAGAAAGCCAUGCACCAACGCAAGAAAGCAAUACUAUGGUAUUUAAUCCAGGGAGGAAGCGAAAAAUGUCGAACCAAGACUAUGAUGAACACAUGCCCAACAAGCAACGAACUCCGCAACAACAACACGCUCAACAAUUCUUUUGUGACAUCUGCAAAGUACAACUCAAUUCUCUGACCCAAGCAGAACAGCAUAAACGAGGGAAAUCCCAUCGACUUAAGGAACAGAUCAAACAGAGUCAACCUGGUGCAAUGAACCCGGUGAGGACUCUGCCAUGGGACGUUCCAUUUUUUAUCUGCACCCCCACCGUAAGGAUGACAGGUUUUCUCACAGCGGGGGCUUUUUUUUUCUUUUAAGAAACCGGCAAAAUUUGGAUCCUUCGGACAAAAUUUCUAAAGGUGCCGAAAAAAAAUGAACCCUUAGGAUUUCAUUUUUCAAAGGACACCAACAAAAAUUUGAGGGUCAUCCUAAGCGGGGGGCGGGAAGGGGGGUGGGGGAGGUUGUGGAUACAAAUGGAACGCCCCAUAUGUAUAUGUAUAAAGUAUGCGGUUAACUUUUAGAUUAACAAGACCACUGCUACAUUCAGUUGCAAAAUACAGCAGUUGAGACAAUAAAACCAAAACAACCGUUUUCUUUUACUCAUUGCACCUCAAAGGAAACAGGGUUUGCCCUUAAAGAAUUUUGUUAAAAAGUUAUUUUUUUCUUGUUCAUGACUGAAGAUUGUGAAAAAAAAAUUCAACAUUUUUUACUCUACUGCUUUAGAGACCCUCAAUUUUUAUCACUUACCCCUGAAGAAUUCUUUUGGUCCUCAACUGGGGGGUGCAGGUAUUAAAUUCUGCAAUAGCCCAUUCCUUGGGGGUAGCUUGGAGGCUUGCCAGUCACUGACAAUGUGGCUACUGGAGACAAAGUGUCUUUUAUCUCUGCAAGUGAGAGGUGGGCAGUUUUAGUUUGAUUAGAGGGUUUGACUUUGAACUAAUUCCAAACCACCCCAUGAAGAUCUGCUCUAGAAGAAAUAAUGUAUAGUAGAAAAAAUUGUGGAGAUUGUUACUAGGAGUACAUGUGGUUAUGGUUUAAAGCGUUGGUUAGGGUAAUCUGCAUAAUGAUGGUGGCUAUCUCAACAACUGAGUCCUGCUUAUUCCUUUCUGCAACUUUUUUUUGCUAGAUGAAGGAUUCAAAUGAAGAGCAUUCUGAAAGCUUGGAACUGUCUUUCAGUUUUACAUGUACAUCUGAUAUACCACCCAAACUCAAAGCUUUGCCACUUGAUCGUGUCAGUCUCGAUUGCCUUAUCUGUGGAAGGAAAUUCAACUCUACUACACAAGUUGCGCAGCACUUUAAUGGCCAAUCGCACCAACGCAAAUUGCAAGCCUUGAGUCAAACAGGAGAUGAAGGCAAUAUAAAAGAGUUAACUGUCCCUUCUAGCUUAGGAACAGUUGUCUCACAGGAACAGCCAGAAAAAGCUCUGUUACAAGACACCAAUACAAGUGAAACAGUAUCAUCCGUUAAUAAAGAAACUAAUGAACUGCACUGUGAAUUUUGUCGCUUGACAUUGAACUCCAAGAGUCAAAUGGACAUGCAUCUUAAGGGGAAAAUGCACUGGAAAUCUGUCUCUAGUAUGUAGCAAAAUACUCUCUAAGUAUAUUUAUUUAGAGAGAUUAAUGUAUGAGUGGCCCAGGAUACAAUGCAAGGUUAAGAUGGCUUAAUAUUGAUAUAAAUGUUGUGGUUCAGUUUUAUCCUUGGUUUUAAUUUUAUUUUCUUUUGUUUCAAACUCAUUAUCAGACAUCAGUAUACCCCAAAACAAAAGAGAAUAGAAUUUAAACCAAGGAUAAGAUUGAACCUCAACAUAUGUAUUCAGCUUCAUUGAAUGAACAAGCUUGAUCAAGAAAGGCUCGGCAGCAAGCAAAAUGAGAGAACUUCUUGUCAAAAGGACUCUGAAAUUGAACAUCUUUUUGAAACCCUGAUGUGGGCUAUUAUACUCUGCAAUAUCGCUUAAGUUCUCCUAGACGUAAACUACGGAUUGGAAAAAAAGUUAGUGGUGAUCCACAAAAAUGAAGACUGAAGUCAAAAUCAUAAUAUUGGUACUUUUAUAAACUUUGCCAGGUGACAAAUGCCUUGGUUAUUAACAUGAAUCAGACACCUGGAAAAAGAGCAAUCAACCAUAGAAGAGAAAUGUUAUAAAAAUAGAGUAACAAACUCUGUAAUAACUUAGAAAGAAAACAGUAGUUUUUUCCCAAGAUAUGCAAGAAUCUCGAGUGCAAUAUUAUUGUUUAGAAUUGGUAGAAUUCUGAGAGAGGAGUCUCAACUGGAAAAUAUUAAAAAGUUACCUUUGCCCCAUGUGCAAAAUUAAACUGCCACUAAAAUUGACAUAGUACAGUUUUGAAGUUUUUGUUUGGAGUAUUUAUCACACUCAGCUUUCUAAAGGAGGUGGACAUUCCCCAUAAGAUAAAAGUUUUCCCUUAAAACAGCAAAUUUUCCAAAACCCUUUAAAAUAUUAUUACUGGUAACAAUGUGUAUUAAAUUUUCCAUGUAUCUUUUUGUUGUAAAUAUUUUAGGAGCGGUUUUGUUACCCACAGUUGGCAAUCCUCCGAUGAAGUUUUACUGUGAUGAAUGCAUUAUGAGCUUUAACUCCCAGAUUCAAAUGGAGCAACAUUUAAGUAGUCCAAAGCACAUUAACAGAGUACAAAGGCAACAAGCAUGCGAGCAGUCUAGAGGCCGGACAAUUAGAGGAAGAGGGAGAGGCCAGGGGAGGGGUAGAGGAGGAACAUGUAAGUAGAAAAACUUACAGCUACAUACAUUGGUCUGUUGUGGCAGUUGUUAGGACUAAAGGUCAAUAAAUUGUGAUGAUGAUGUUGAUGGUAAUGAUACUGGUGCAGACAAUGGUUAAUAUUCCAAAGGAAUAACUUAAUUAGCUAGAAGAACCCAAGCUGUUUCAGCGGCUAGGUGUAAUCUGAUCACUUGUCUCAGGCAUUCAUUUGCAGGGUUUGAGCCAGACCGUGCCUUUGCGCCAAUCCCGCACUGCAAUUGAAAUUGUCCCUUAAAAAACGGCCAAGGGGACAAUUUGUCCCCUUCAAAAUUUAGAGAAAAAAGCUGGAAAGGAAGCACACACGAAGAGAUUUAUUUCAGUACAGAAAUUGCAAGCUAAAACAGAACAUGGAAAGUUUCAGUUACGUUCUACUGAACAAGUACAUGUCAUGCUCAACCAAGCAUGGUGAACGCGCCUGGCAAUAGUUAAUGUGUCACAUCGAAAAUGUGUUCGAAAAUUAGAAAGCUUUUUCACUCCAAAUCAAAGCCAGAGUGAAUCAGAGAAAAAUGAUACAGAAGAACAGUGUAUUAAUCAGGAAGAAACGGAUGAGGAUCGAAGGAAACCGAAAAAAUCACGAGAUCACAUGUGGUUGAGCUAUGAAAAGGAGGCGAUGUUCUGCUAUUUUUGCCAGAAAUCUAAGAAGACAAACCCCUUUGCAUCAGCAGACGGGUGUACAAAUUUCUGUCCCCCUAAAAACAAAAAUGUCCCCCAAAAUUUUAGCAAAGGGGACAAGUUGUCCCCCAGUGAUCAAAUCCUAGCUCAAACCCUGCAUUUGAGUUACUAUUUUCUCUCCCUCCCUCCUGCCCUGGGGUUUCUCUUGAGUCCUCAGGACCUCGGUUCAUUAUUAAUGAUGCUCAAACAGAUUUUCUGGCUUGUUAUUAGCUGAAGUGUGCCGGCACAGGGGGGAUAAUUUUGAGGAUUGUGGGUCAAAUCUUUCUUCAUGCAAACUAGUUUAAAUUUUUGUUUUCUUGGUCUCAUGUUAUUAAUAGUAGAAGAUCUGAAACAAAGGAAAAUGAAUAGCAAAUUUGACAAAAAAAAUUUCAGACUUAAAGAUUGAAUGAUGGUGGUUGUAGGUAAUUGUGUUUAUGUACAAAUAAUUAUUGAUUUCCAAAAAUAUACCUCUAGAGAAUGAAUAACACAAUAAUAUUGGCCUUUCAGCAUUAAGAGGUUGGCAAAAGAACAGAGGAAGAGGUGCUGUGUUUUCCAAGUUCCCACCUAUAUCAUCAAGUUUUGUUAAAGCAAGCAGCAAUUUGACAGGCAUGGUUAACCCAAAUGACUCAUUAAGUGGACAACAAACACAAUCAGCUAAUCGUGAUGUUAACUCUAACGUGCAAAGACCAUCUUUGUGUAAACUGUAA